AUGAACCGUACAAAUUCUCCAUUAGAUGAAGCAUAUGAGACAUGCAGUGGAUUGGAUUUAACAUUAAAGGAUCAAUCUGUUUUGGAAUCCCAUGUACAAGCUUCAUCGACACCAAGACGAUUAAAUUAUAUCCUAUCAAAAACUCUUUACGAACAAAAUGAUUAUUAUUGUUCAGAACAAUUUAACACUAGCGAACAUAUAAACCAAGUUCAAAAUAGUAUUGAGUCUCAGGAGAAUAAUAAAGGAUUCGGAUUAAACUAUAGUUCAGGAUCACGUAAUAGUAAAGGUUCCACUGUUUCCUGUUACCACUCAGUACAAUCAAACAAUUUGGAUUAUAGUAAAGAAAUUGCAAAUCCUGAUAAACUAGGUCCCCUUGAUUUACGUAUUAAGUCAUUCUCGGAUGAUGUUAACUUGAUUAAUAACAGAGAUAGUGGAUAUUUAGUCAUUACCACAGACACCAAAACAGAAUGUGAAAUGUCCACCCAUACAUUUUUAUCUAAUCAAGCGAUACAUCAGAAAAAGCUUUCAAAUAUUGAAAAACAAACGAGCAACUCCUUCAACAUUCAGUCCAUACUAGGAGUAACAGAACAAUUUAAAGUAUUUUCUGAAACUACUAGUACUACAGAUAGCAACACAUUUGAUAACAAAAUAAAAAAUAAUAUGGAGAUAAUAGAUCGAACAAAAACCUCAAAUUCUUUUUUCGAUCAGUUUCUAGCUGGUCAUUUGCAAGCUAUGAAUCCAUUACUGCUGAGUUCACGUGGAAUUGAAAUACAGAGUCUAAUUACACCACCACAACCUCUAGACACUGCAGGAAACAUACAGUCUACAGCUGUCUCGAUGACGUUCUCAUUAAAUGAAACAGGUACUGUAAAAUUUCCGGUUAAACAGAAUGCAAGAAAGUCGAAUCCUACUACACCAAUGUAUAGUAUAACUAACGAUAUGACCAACCGACAAUUACAAGUGAAAAAUAAUGAUUCUGUUCAUGACAGUUUAAAACAAACGGAAUGUGUUCAACAAUCAAUGAAUAAUAUUUACGACUUGAGUGGUUCAUCGCUCUCUAAUGAAGAUGAUGUAAUAACUAGACAACGAGCCCAAACGUUUGAUGUAGGAAAAACACCCGUUAUAUUAUAUUGCCCAGAACCAUCAGACAGCAAAACAAAAGUGAAGGCCAUGCUAGAACGGAAUGACCCAUGUUUAAAAUAUGUCAAUGAUGGAGCUGCGAUACGCAACCCAUUUGCCAUUGAUCGAAAAAUUCAACUGGUCCAUUUAACUUCACUAUUAUGCGUCAAACUUGAUAACGGUACGUAUUUGUGCAAAGGAUGCAAUCGUACAACAAAACGUUUAAGACCAAUGCAACAACACUUAUUAUCACACAGUGCAAGUAAAUUCAAUCUGUGUGUUAAAUGUCUUAAAGGGUUCAACGAUAAGUACGAUAUGAAGCGUCACACACGUAAACAUACUCUUGUACGCCCGUAUGUUUGUCCAGAAUGCGGACGAUCAUUUAGCCAGCGUUGUUCAUUAGAAGGUCAUCGCCGCAAAAUACAUAGGAUUCAGUUGAAUUAUCCACCAAAUCAACGUCGUGAAAAAGUACGUGUUUGUGAAACCUGUGGUUAUUCAUGUCCUAAAUUAUAUGAUAUGUUACAGCAUACAUUGAAUAAACACCCAAACAGUAAUUGUUUACCAAGACUACAAAGCCAAUUAAUAAGAUAUAAAGAAAAAUUUCGGAGUACUUCACUUACAUCAGAUGAUAACAACCAAACUUCAAAUAUACAAGAUACGCUAGAAACAACUUGUAAUUGGUCUUGCAUAUCACCAUCUUCAAACAAUCAUAAUUUCACUUAA